AUGGACUUUUUUCCGUUUAUGCUUAGUGGGUCAGAGUAUCUUUCUAUAGCUGUUUGUCUUUUUUCAUCGAUUCCUCAAGUAUUUGGAAGCAUAUUUCGAAAAUUCCGGAGAAACUGA